UCUGGGCAAGUGCCGGCCUGGCGCGGUGUGGGGGAAGAAUCGAAAAAUGUGAUUUAUGUGAUGUGAGUUGUUUGUUGAUGUUCGUCAAUUCACAUCAAUUGAUGUGUGAGCUCUGCGAGGGACGCUGCAACGUUAGCGAGUGCCAACUCAAAUUGCAAGUUGCAACUUGCACUUUGUAUUUGGUCCUGAGCAAAGAGAUUAGGGAGAAAAUAGAGACAGUUUGGAAAGUAAGGAGAGGAAGCUAUGGAGGAGAGAAAUUGCGAACGUCGUCCUUUCCAUCUCGCCAGCGUGUUUCCAGGUAUCCAUUUCGACGUUGACGUCACUGACCUGCCUACAGACACCCCCCGCAUCUCCAGACUGGAUGUCUUCUUGCUGGCUUGCUCCAUAAUAAUGCAUGUCGUCGACAUGGGUUUCGAUUAUAACAUCGCCAUCCAAUAUUACCUGGGUGGCAAAAUAACGUAUUUUGCUUGGACAAUGUGCCUCAUACUCGUUCCCUCUCUGAUCAAUGUUGUUAUCAGCAGGAGGAUGCAACUUCAAGAUAAACAAACAAGUUCCAGUACACCGAACGAUUAUAAAACGACACAUUUGUUGAUUAAAAAUGGAUUGUGUUGUACGAUCGCUGUUUUCUUGCAAUUGGCGCCAGUUAUACAUUACUGGGAAACCCUGAAGUGUGCGUUAAAAGCACGUAAAUGCAAGAAAUCCGAAGAUCGUGUCAAUGAAAAAAGAUAUUAUCUAAGGAUGCUCAAAGAGGAUCAAGAUGUUGCCUUGUUAAGAGUAUUUGAAUGUUUCUUGGAAGCUGCACCACAACAAAUCCUACAGCUAACUCUGAUGCUAAAGCAUUAUCACAAUGAAAUUAAUUUUGAAUUUGUACAUCAAGUAGCUAGUAUUGUCAGCUCGCUUGCAAGCAUGGGUUGGGCAAUGGCCAGUUACCAUCGUAGCAUUCGAUUAGCUCAACAAAAUAAAUUGAAUAUUGGUGUUAUAGGAACUGUGUUACAAUUUCUGUGGCACUUUAGCAUCACAGUGGCAAGAAUCUUAUCUCUCAGUGUUAUUGCAAGUGUCUGGCCUCUAUAUACCGUAAUUGGUUGCUUAAUACAUUGGAUAAUCAUGACAAUAUGGAUUUUGAUCAAUUCCCAUGGGAUAUUAGAGUUUUGCCGGGCUUACGGUCGCCCACCACAUAUGCUGCCAACGUUUAAAGAACGCAUUUAUUCUAGUUUAUUUGCCAUAGUUAUUGGCAUAGUUUACAUUUUCAUAUAUUUAAAUACUGUAGAUAGCAAUACAUUUUGGAAACAUCUAUGUUUCUAUAUGCUCUGUUUUGCAGAAAAUAUUACUUCAAGUCUAUUGUGGAGAUAUACCUGUCCUCCUGAAGUUAGAGAGGCUUGGUAUUUUAACGUAUUCUUUAUUAUUUGUAUCGUUUCUUUUUUGCUAGGAAUUACAGCAAUGAUAGUGUAUUAUACUAGAUUUCACCCUUCAAAAAAGCAACGUGCUUCAAAUUCACUUCAAGCCAUGUAAUCGUGGAUAUCUAUUUUUUACUUCAAGGAGAUUAAAUUAACUUUGCAUUAUAGUUUACAAAGUAUCUUUCGAGGUACACAUUACGUAUCUUGAAAGAAAAAGAAUCUCAGUAUUAAAAUUUAUAUAGAGGAAAGCCCCCUAUUAUGAGAU